AUGGCGGAUAUACUCACUAUUUAUGGCAUAGGCGGGAUCGGGAAGACAUCUUUAGCCAAACAUAUAUAUGGGCUAUAUUGUCGUGAAUUCCAGAGAAGCAGCUAUAUUGAUGAUAUCACUAGGAAAUGUAAUGGAAAUUUUAAUGGGUUGGUUGAUUUACAAGAACAACUCUUCAAUGAAAUUUACAAAACAAGUUCAAUAAGAUUUCAUGAUGUAUCAAUAUACACCACAAGGAUAGAGAAUGCACUAGCCCGUAGAAGGGUCUUUCUAGUUCUUGAUGAUAUCACCACUCUUGAUCAGUUGGAUUCAUUACUUGGAAGCAAAGGUUUUCAUCCCGGAAGCAAAGUGCAACUAUCCCCAGGUUAUGAAGAGGUGUCAGAUAACCUAGUGAAGUAUUGUCAAGGACAUCCAUUAGCUCUUAAAGUUUUGGGUAAGUCUCUACAUAAUCAAGAUGUAGCUUACUGGGAAGGGUGCAUAGAAGGUCUGAUGAAAGAAACAAAUUCUCGUAUAAAUAAUGUAUUGAGAAUGAGCUUUGAUGCUUUACCAUGUAACAAUGAUAAGGAGUUGUUUAAGCACAUUGCUUGUUUUUUUGUUGGAAUAGAUAAAGAUGUUAGUGAAACAAUAUUAAAUGCAUGUGAUAUAAAUACAAGAUCUGGGAUCACAGAUCUCGUUGACAAAUGCCUUCUUAGUAUAGGACUGAAUAAUGAAUUGAAGAUGCAUCAGUUGAUUCAAGAGAUGGGAAGAUGGGAAGUACGUCAAGAGUCACUUGACAAACCAUGGAAGCGAAGUCGAUUAUGGUGUCAUGAGGAGUCAUUUAGAGUGUUAAAACAAAAAAAGGGAAAGGGAAAUGUUCUAGGCCUUGCUCUUGACAUGCGCAUGAUUGAGAAAGAGAAGUUGGGUGCAUCAUUUGAGCUGAAAACGGAUGCAUUUAGUAACAUGGAUAAUUUGAUGCUACUACAACUUAAUUAUGUGCAUAUGAAUGGGUCUUAUGAGAACUUUCCUAAGGAAUUAAGAGGCUUGUGUAUGCAUGGGUUUCCUUUAAAGUCUAUAUCUUUAGACUUACCGAUGAUGAAUUUGGUUGCUCUUGACAUGUCAUAUAGCAAUAUUGAAUCAUUUGUCGGUUGUGAUAGUAAUCCACGGCUUGACAAGAGGCAAAAGUGGGACAGAUCACGCUUAAAAGACAAUAAGCUACUUGGAUCAUUGAAGAUUCUUAAUUUAAGUUUCUGUAAACAACUUCGUAGUCUUGGUGAAUUUGAGCAACUUCCUACACUUGAGAGGUUAAUAGUUAGAAAUUGCAUUAGUUUGGUUGAGGUCUGUGAAUCAAUUGAGAAAUGUGUUGACCUUGCCUUCAUCGAUCUUAGCUACUGCAAGAAGAUUGAAAAACUUCCGAGAAUCAUAAGAUGUUGA